CCGCCUUGGUUAAAGUAUUUUUACACUUUCUCUCUUUUUUAUUUUACUUAUCUCUGUAAUUUCUUGAUGGAUUUGAUUCCAACUUAAAAUGGUUAUUCCUCAUCAUCACCCACAUCAUCUGACCUAAAGACCAUAACUCUGGUACAAAUAUUUCAUGAUUUAUCCCCCUUUUCACUUAGAUUUUCAGGUUAAAGUUUUGAUGCUCUUUCGCUCUAUCUCUGUUAAUACUGAAUGGAUUUAAUUCAAACUUAAAAUAGUUGUUCAACAUCAUCAUCCUCAUCAUAUGAAGCAAGGUGCAUAACUCUGGCACAAUGUUUUCAUGAAUUAUUCCCCCUUUUUACUUGGAAUUUCGGGUUAAAGUUUUGAUGCACUUUCAUUCUAUCUCUGUUAUUACUGAAUGGAUUUGAUUCGAAAUUGAAAUACUUGUUCCACAUCACCACCCUCAUCAUAUUAAGCAAGGUGCAUAACUCUGUCAUAAUUUUUUCAAGAAUUAUUUUCCCUUUUUACUUAGAAUUUCAGGUUAAAGUUUGUAUGCACUUUCACUCUAUUUCUGUUAUUACAGAAUGGAUCAGUUUCAAACCUAGAAUAAUUGUUCAACAUCAUCACUCACAUCAUAUUACACAAGGGGAAUAUCUCUGGCGCAAUUUUUCAUGAAUAAAGCCCCUUUUUACUUAGAAUUUAAAUUAAAUUUUGAUGCAUUUUCACCAUAUCUCAGUUAUUAUGAAAUGUAUAUUUAAUUCAAACUUGAAGUAGUUGUUCCACAUCGUCACCCACAUCAUUUGACACAAGGUGCGUAACUUUUGCACAAAUAUUUAAUGAGUUAUGCCCUCGUUUUGCUUAGAAUAUACUUAGAAAGUGUUUUGAUACACUUUAUCUUUACCUAUCUUAUUACUUUUUUUUUGACUCAGGCUAUUGUGCAAUAUCUUCAUCCACCAUUGGAGUCACUCCAGUGACAGCUCCAGUUUCCUCAGAUGUGCCCAGUUUCAAUAUCCAGCACCAAAAUAGUCGAGCGCGCUGUCUCCUGUGACAGCUCUUGUAUAUAUUGUAUCUUAUCUUUUUUCUCUUUUUGAGCUGGAUAACGUGUGGAAAUGACGACAGUUUUGCAAUUCCCACAGAAGAUCAUUAUGCAAGAAAACAGAAAUCAAACGUGCAGACAGAACAACAUCUAUUGUCAACAGAGUUGAGAUCACAAUUAGCAAAGUCCUUAGCAUCUUCAUGUAACGACAAAGGAACACAAACAGCAACAUUUCUGGAAUUAGACAUUUCUCACGCCUCAGUUAGAGAGAACACUGUUCAAAUAGUUCCUACCAAUGGAAAAAAUCAUGUGGAUGCUGACAUAUUACGAAAGAAGCAAACAUCGAAUGUGCCUGUAGUGACAGCCGAUGUGUAUCUUACACAAACCCAGAGAGGAAAUCCAUCCGUAGAGCCAACAUAUAUACACACGUGGAAUCCAAAAUUUAAUAUUCAUCGAAUUAAAACCGUGCAUUUUGAUUGGAUAAAGCCAUCAACAAACAUAAAAUACGAAAAGACAGUUGAAAAACACAAGGAAGUUCAAUUCUUUGAAGCUGAUGUGCCAUUUGCUGUCGUACAACCUCUUACUACCAACGACAAAAAUGUCAAGGAGAGUCAGGAGCAGGAAGAACAGGCAGUAGAAAUUUAUGAAGCAAAGCGGAAAGAAGAUUUUGAUAGUUCUAGACUAGAUUGGAACAAGAUCUUUGGAUUUCUCACCAGAAAUUUGCCUCCCACUGAAUGGAAACUAUUUUUCAACAACUUAUAUAACUAUGGACAACACCUGAUUCCACUUGAUGUGUCAAUAGACCGAAGAUUAUGUCAAAUAGAGGCUGACGUUCGAGGAAAAUGGGGAGGCAUAACAUCGCUUAUAUACGAGGUUUUCAAAGAUUGGAAAGAGAUGAUGGGUAGAGAAGCAUCUCACUUAACUAUUGAAAGAGUCCUGCAAGAUAUGGGAUAUAAUUCUCUGCUAGCAGAUUUCAAGGAAAUGAUGCAAAAUAUGCCACUUCUACCAGAGACAAAAGCAGUUCCUACAGGAUAUUUAGGUCUACAAACGAACGUCUGCAACAUUCUGCCAUACUCUGCUGAAAAUGAUAGGUCAAUGAAUAUUUACGCUUUGCACAAUAGUAACACUCCAGUUACAAAUAGUCGCAGUUUACUUCAGUAUCACGAGGAAAGAACCAGGACAUUAUACAAUGAAUCGUUGCAACUACAAGAUGUCGCGUCUUAUAAAUCUCUUUCAAUCGGUCCAGCCGGAAGUGAAAGGAAACGACCAAGUACUGACCAUGAAACGGAUUACAUAACUGAUGCUUUGGAAAGUAAACGGAGAAGAAAAAAUAAAAGUGGAAAGGAACGACGGACCAGCAGUACAAGGCGAAGACAAUCUACACAGGAACCUAAAAGCCGCUGUGGAAGUUUAGUAAAGUUUGAGGACUUUGAUAAGGAAGCUAUUGUAGACUUAAUAAAGAGGUUUCUGCCGUCUGAAAAUCAAGUAUUAAAAGCACACGAGUUCAAUUUAUUUAUGGAUCACACAGUUUCACUAGUAAUAAAGAAAACUGGUGAACCAGAAACGGUUAUAUUGUCAAUGUUAGAGAAUGAUUACUUAGAAGUAGAAAAAAUCGAAACAAAGAGAAAAGAUAAAGUCUAUAUAGUUUAUUCAAACAAUACGUGCUUAAAACUUGGCCAGGACGAAUGGCACUGUCUUGAACUGUACGCAGAAUACGCGAGAAAACGUGUACUUAAUAGACUGAAAAAGCAAUCUGCAAAUGGAUUUGUUCCAAGCAAACUAUUAUUCAUCAAAUUCGACGGCCAACCUGUACUAUAUAACGUGAAAAUAAUCAAUUGUUUGCUGUAUGUAAGAAAAAUCCAUAUAUAUAUACAUGUGCUAUGUUUGGAGACAAAACGCAUUACAAAGUCGAGAUCCAACUAUACAUUACAUGAGCCGCACCAUGAGAAAACCACCAUAAAGCGUUUGCGACCAGCAUGGAUCCAGACCAACCUGCGCAUCCGCGCAGUCUGGUCAGGAUCCAUGCUGUUCGUUAACAUUUUCUCUAGUUGCAAUAGGCUUUAAAAGUGAACAGCAUGG